GCCAAAGCCAUGGACUUCGAUCGGCUGGGCACACAGAUUUGGAAUGCUGCGAUUCAUUUGAGCGGCCAAUCCUCACCCAUGCUAAAGACAUGGCCACAGCUCGAACCUCAAUUGCGUGUUCUCGCCUUCUUCUUGCUGGACGCGGCUCAGAGAUGCUACGUCAAACAUGGCAACAAGAAAUCAUCCCAGAACCUCGUUCGCGUCUUCAAGACAGCCAUGAAAGCAGCACGCAUAUGCAUCAACGCAAAUGCUUUGGACCUCUGUACCAGACUUUUCGAAAAGGUCGCCGAUCACGUCGAGCACAAGCAAGAUCCACCUCCAGAGCACAAGAAAGACAAACAAGAAAGCGAGGCCGACGAGAUGCUCAAAGAGCUGACGGCCGAUUACUAUCUCCUCAGAGCAACCGCAUCAUGGAAGCAAGACAAACCGGACAGCGUUACCUUCUGGCUGGCGAGAGUUCUUCUGCUGCCCAAUCGAGCUGACUUACUACGUCUGGCUGAAAAGAAAGUAGACUUGACAUACGAGGUUGGCAAAGCGGCUCUCAAGAAAAAGCACUUUGACAUCGCGGCCAGGUGGCUUGAACAGAGUUAUUCUAUCUUCGAUGAUAUUGAUCAAGAAAUGCUGUCUUCUGACUUUUGCGACCUCCGUCUGGUCGUUACGCUCGAUUUUGCUCGAGCAUUAGUCGGUGUUGGUGAUGCCGCGUCUUUGAACAAGGCUUCAAAUCUCAUUGUAUUGCUGGAUCAGGAGUAUGGUUACAAGACCGAAGUCUAUCUUCUAAAACUGGAUGCUAUUUACGCUCAAGAGCCAUUUCAAGCCGACGAGUUCCAUGGAGCUUUGACUCGAAUCAUCCGUACUGCCAUUCUGUCCGAGGGCACCUUCCGAUCGAUCAUGUAUCAAAUACAGAAGCUCAACACUUAUCAUCCGCCGAAGGAGGGCUCAUUGAACAGUGCCAACAUUGUUAACUCAAAUCCCGGGCCACACUCGUAUCUGGCCUGUCAGAGUCUGGAUCUCUUGUUGUCAAGAUUGCUCCCCGAGCUACCUGCUGCCCUGAACAUGGUUGAGAAGAUCGUUGUGACCAGGAUUUGGAUCAGCUCGCUUUCUUUGCAGGUUCACGAUCAUCCUUCUAGACUGGAAGCCUUAUUCGAGGACAUCGCCAAUACAAAUGGAACGAAGUUGGGUCUUGAGGCAACCCAUGCCUCGCAAUCUCUGAUCUGGAAAGCUGUCACAUCUCUCCAGCAGGUGAAAAAUGAGUUAGAGGCUGCAAGAUGGUGUGCCCUCGCCAACCAUGCCAUAUUUGCCAGUUCCGGAGAGAUGAACAAGUCCAAGCUGCUACGCAAGAUGAUGACGGUCGCUAUUGCCAAAGGCGAUGCUGCUUAUGCUCGUAAAGCUUAUUAUCAGAUGUCUGAAGUCGGCAAAGCGUCUGUCAUGACGAGAUAUCUCAUGUUCAAGAUCGCCCUGCAGGAAGGUGACGCACAAUUAGCCGAAGAGUCGCUCGAAGGAGUUCUCAAAGCCUCAUCGAAAGAAACCGAGAAGUAUCUUUUUGCCUGCGCACUUGAGGCACAACAGAUAGGCGACAAAAGACAAUUUCUCGCUACCAUGAACAAAGUCUUGGAGUACCAUGAACGCAACCCGUCGAGCGAUGUUCGGUUGCCAGUUCUACUUCGCUGCAUUGCCGGUGCUAUCACGGCAGAGUUGAACACCAAUGAUAUGCCCCUGGAGGCUGGUCUGACGGAGCUGUGCAAAGUCUUUGAAGCUGAGACUGAGCAUCACUUUGCAGCAAUGAGGCAUGGAAGCACUUUCAAGGAUGGGAACGAUAGCGACUCUCGUCUCGCGGAACUUCGAUGGUUUUCUUGCCACAGCUACAACACGGCCUUGAAAUAUUGCUCGGACAUGCACCCAGAACUUCUGAUGAGGUUCAUGACGGCCAGCGUUUCGCUGAUAGAUCUACUCCGUAAUGAGGGCGAGAAAGACGACGGUCUAAUCAGUCGACUGCUCCUAUGUCGCUUUCUGGCCACAUCUUCCUUAAUCGUCCUGGCGAGGUCAGAAGACCACAUCGAGCGAGCACUUCAACUCUAUAUGGACGUAAGACGGCAAAUUGAAGCAUUCCACCAUAGUUACCAAGAAGCCAUACAGAGAAACUUGCUGCAGCCAGAUGUCAUAUCAGAUGUUGAGAUCAAAGAAUUCGAAAUGAUCCAAUUCGACCUUGAAGCGCUUAUGCGUUUGGAACAAUGGAACGACCUUGAUAAAACCCUCACAAUGUGUCUAGAUGCACGUCACUCGGACAGAUUAGAAAGAGCAGCAGACUUGAUCCUCCACAUACAUACCUAUAUCGCAAACUCCUGUCAUACGAACCAACGCCACCAAGAAAAGAUUCCCACCGUCAUGGAAAAGAUUAUCAACACAUGCUGGCGUAACAACAAAGACAUCACGCGCCUCGCCCGCUGGAUACGCUGUCUCUUCCAAAUGACCAUCACCACCGACCCCGUCAUGUCUCUACGCUGCCUAGAUCAAGCCCACGCGAUCGCAAACAAAGCAGCUAUGCAACAGAUCCCUGAACCGUAUCCUGUAGAAGAGUUGGAGUGGCUGGCAACAACUGCGUUUAAUCAUGCUGUGGAUUUGUGGUUCGCUAGUGCUGAUGAGGGAGAUGGUCAAGACACCGCAAAAGCGUGGGCGGAGAAGGCAUUGAUGUUGAGUGGAGCUGUCACUAUUGGGGAGGGUGCAUUGCACAAGACACUGCAGGAUAAGUGGAUGAGAUUGAGAGAAAUGGGUCAGCAGUCGUGAGAUAUGAAUGACGCGGGGAGUCGAGAUAUGGCUCCAUUGCUCAAACAUUGCUAGAGCUGUAUGAUCAAAGAAGGUAUCUAGCUGAACAGCAUUCAACACUCAACCCCG